CACCUCCCGCGUCGGCUACCGCUCACCACCCGCACACUUAACCGCUUCCCUAAAGGCCCUCCAGGCGCCUUUAGUUUUCAGCUCUCUUACCCGCUCUCUUCAGUUCAAAAGAACUACCCAACAUGUCCGGCGAAGGCGGAUUCAACGAUGAGGCUUACGACAGCGGCAUGCAGGCUCUGCUCGCCGAGGAGAAGGGCGAGGACGGCGAGAUGACCAUCACGGACUGGACCGAGGUGCACGAGUCCUUCGACGCGAUGAACCUUCACGAGAACCUCCUCCGCGGGAUCUACGCGUACGGUUUCGAGAAGCCGUCCGCGAUCCAGCAGCGCGGUAUCGUGCCCUUCACCAAGGGUCUCGACGUCAUCCAGCAGGCGCAGUCCGGCACGGGGAAGACGGCGACGUUCUGCGCCGGCGUGCUGCAGCAGCUCGACUACGAGAAGGAGGAGUGCCAGGCGCUCGUGCUCGCGCCGACGCGCGAGCUCGCGCAGCAGAUCGAGAAGGUCAUGCGCGCGCUCGGGGAUUACCUCAACGUGAAGUGCCACGCGUGCGUCGGUGGCACUUCCGUGAGGGAGGAUCAGCGGAUCCUUCAGAGCGGCGUGCACGUCGUCGUCGGCACGCCCGGACGCGUGUACGACAUGCUUCGCCGCCGCGCGUUGAAGCCGGAUCACAUCAAGAUCUUCUCCCUCGACGAGGCGGACGAGAUGCUCUCGCGCGGGUUCAAGGACCAGAUCUACGACAUCUUCCAGCUCCUCCCGAGCAAGCUCCAGGUUGGCGUCUUCUCCGCGACGAUGCCGCCCGAGGCGCUCGAGAUCACGCGUAAAUUCAUGACGAAGCCGGUGCGCAUUCUCGUGAAGCGCGACGAGCUCACGCUCGAGGGUAUCAAGCAGUUCUACGUCAACGUCGACAAGGAGGACUGGAAGCUCGACACCCUGUGCGACCUGUACGAAACCCUCGCGAUCACGCAGUCUGUCAUCUUCGCGAACACCCGGAGAAAGGUGGACUGGCUCACGGACAAGAUGCGCGCUCGCGACUUCACCGUCUCCGCGACGCACGGCGACAUGGACCAGAACACGCGCGACAUCAUCAUGCGCGAGUUCCGCUCCGGGUCCUCCCGCGUGUUGAUCACGACCGAUCUCCUCGCGCGCGGGAUCGACGUCCAGCAGGUGUCGCUCGUCAUUAACUUUGACCUCCCGACGCAGCCGGAGAAUUACCUCCACCGCAUCGGUCGCUCCGGUCGCUUCGGCCGUAAGGGCGUGGCCAUCAACUUCGUCACCAAGGAUGACGAACGUCUCCUCCAGGACGUGCAGCGGUUCUACCAGACCGUCUUCGAGGAGCUCCCCUCCAACGUCGCCGACCUCAUCUAAGUGUCUUUUUGUGCUCUCCAGCAGUUGUGCCAGAGCGUGCCGUCAGUCAUCGAGCAUCAAGAAGAUCUUCCAUUGAAUGAUUCUGAUGAUGAAGCGAACGAAAGUUGCGCGCCGACCCGCCGCGUCGGUGCGCACUGCGUAGUGCUACGCAAUCAUAUAGUUGUUGCGUGUUUCUAUAUCUAACAAAGCGAAAAAAAUGAAA